AUGGACCUAGUGAACAUCGAGGAUUGGGCCUCGACUGAGGAUCAAAUCAUUGAGGUCAGCCAAGUCUUCUUGAAAGCUCCGUACAAAUUGAGGGUUCGACAGUUCAUUCCCCAGGAGGGCGAUAUGCUUGAGGAGAUAUGGCAUGACGGCUAUAUCCAGCGACGUUUCCCGAUUCCUCCGUACGCCAUCGUUGACAUGGAAGAGGCCGCACAAUCCAUUGCUAAGAUGGCAGAAGACACCCAACACCUCUACUGGGAGAGUAUCAUCCCUCAGAACAGCAAGUCAGAAGGGGGCGACUUUAUAUGGGAUACCUUCUUCUUUGCGUUUGGAUAUAUUGGUGAUGUCAAGAUCGGGCUCUGGGAAGACUAUGCCAACCCACAAUCCGUCAAGGACCAUCAGAGGGGAGUCACGACACUCCUGGCCCAUUUCCACGUUGUACUUGGCGGGGCGCUGCCUUUUCGCCUCACUUCAGAGUCUCGUCCAGCUGCCUCGAAGCGAAAGCCUGAUUUCACUCCUAAGGAGGAAAAGUUUGUGAAACGGACAUAUGCAUAUGUCAGUUCAAUGAGACCUUCCUUUAGCUAUGUUCGUCAGACCCAAGAUCCGAAGAAUGUAUGGUACUGGCUGUCCCAGCUAUACGACGAAGACUGGACACCAGAUAAAAUGGACUAG